AUGUUUCCACCCAAAUCACGGUCCAUGCCACUCGUUCCAACAACAUCAAAUUCUUCUUCUCCAUCAUCGACGGAGAAUGAUAGUGGCGCCACUAAAUACUUUACCAGAGAACAGGUUGCUGAGCACUGUACGGAACAAGAUUGUUGGAUGAUUUGUCAUGGUUUGGUCUAUGAUGUGACUCACUAUUUGAAUGAACAUCCCGGAGGUGUUCCUCUGAUGAUGAAGAGUGCUGGAAAAGAUUGUACGAGUGAUUUUGAAGCCAUGUUUCAUAGUCCAAAGGCUAGGAAUAUUCUUAAACGAUACAAGGUUGGAGAAUUGGCUCAAGCUCCAUCAUCAUCGAGUUAUAGAAGAAAUUUGUCAGCCAAUUCGGCAGUACCUGUCACUUCUCCAAAUAACUUAUUGUCUCCAUUUUCGAUACCUUCUGGAAAAGUGGAACAAGUUAAUCCGUAUAAUAUGAAGAAUCGUUCGAGUGGAUUUAAGGAACCAGUUAAAACACAAGUAGAAGUGGAAAAGAAGCCAAUGGCUGUCGUAUCAACAUCAUUAUUUAUGAAUUAUAAGGUCAUGCUGGUUCAGAAUAUUACACAUGACACAAAAGUAUUCACAAUGAAAUUACCAGUAAUUGGAGAAUAUCUUCCUCUAAAGCCAGGUCAACAUAUUCAAAUUGCAUUUCCAGAUGAAACUUCUGAAAAUUCUCUUUUAGUUCGAAAAUACACUCCAACAAAUGUGAAUAAUAGAGGAUAUUUUGAGUUGACUGUCAAAUUAUACCCAGAAGGAAAAAUGUCACAAAGAUUAGCCAAAAUUAAAAUUGGAGAUGUUCUUUCUGCAAGAGGACCGUUUGGAAUGGAGGAUUUUGCAACACGAAUUACCAAUAGUGAUAAUUUAAUAAUGAUUUGUAUUGGAAGUGGAAUUACUCCAAUGUAUCAAAUGAUUAAGCAUGUUGCAAAAGAAAGAGAAGAAGGUACCAUUAUGAAAUUGAAAAAUAUGACUCUAUUAUAUGGCAACAAGACAUUACAGGACGCUAUUUUUGAAAAGGAAUUGACGCAGCUUUCUAAGGAAGUGUCAAACAACAAUUUUGAUUUUAUUGUGGAACACAAAAUCAGUAGAGAAACACCAGAAGAUAUUGCCAAGAGUGCAAGUGAUACAUCUAAAAAUGUGCGAUAUAGUACAGGUAGAAUGGAUCAAGACUACUUGAAGGAUAAGGUUGGCAAUUUGUCGAAUAGUUUAUUCCUUAUUUGUGGAACUGAUGAUUUCUGUAACUCUACAAAACAACUCCUCCUGAAUGUGGGAUAUAAUCAAUCUUCCAUUCACUCAUUCUAAUCCUCGCCCCCUUUAUAUCCAUACUUGGUUUCCAAUUUUUGUUUCAACCCGUGACGUCUGUAUUUUACACCUGAAAUUUCCAUCAUUGUUUCUAAAUUUUCAUAAACAGAUUCAAUUGCUGGUUC